AUGGACUGUACCACCUCAGACAGGACCAGGACCGACCCAAACUUCCACAUGGACUGUACCACUUCAGACCAGGACCGACCCAGAGACUUCCACAUGGACUGUACCACUUCAACCAGGCGACCCAGAGACUUCCACAUGGACUGUACCACUUCAGACCAGGACAGACCCAGAGACUUCCACAUGGACUGUACCACCUCAGACCAGGACCAGGACCGACCCAGAAACUUCCACAUGGACUGUACCACUUCAGACCAGGACCGACCCAGAGACUUCCACAUGGACUGUACCACCUCAGACCAGGACCAGGACCGACCCAGAGACUUCCACAUGGACUGUACCACUUCAGACCAGGACCGAUCCAGAGACUUCCACAUGGACUGUACCACCUCAGACCAGGACCGAUCCAGAGACUUCCACAUGGACUGUACCACCUCAGACCAGGACCGACCCAGAGACUUCCACAUGGACUGUACCACUUCCGACCAGGACCGAUCCAGAGACUUCCACAUGGACUGUACCACCUCAGACCAGGACCAGGACCGACCCAGAGACUUCCACAUGGACCGUUCCACCUCAGACCUGGACCGACCCAGAGACUUCCACAUGGACUGUACCACUUCAGACCAGGACCGACCCAGAGACUUCCACAUGGACUGUACCACCUCAGACCAGGACCGACCCAGAGACUUCCACAUGGACUGUACCACUUCAGACCAGGACCGAUCCAGAGACUUCCACAUGGACUGUACCACCUCAGACCAGGACCAGGACCGACCCAGAGACUUCCACAUGGACUGUACCACUUCAGACCAGGACCGACCCAGAGACUUCCACAUGGACCCUUCCACCUCAGACCAGGACCAGGACCGACCCAGAGACUUCCACAUGGACUGUACCACUUCAGACCAGGACCGACCCAGAGACUUCCACAUGGACUGUACCACCUCAGACCAGGACCAGGACCGACCCAGAGACUUCCACAUGGACUGUACCACUUCAGACCAGGACCGAUCCAGAGACUUCCACAUGGACUGUACCACCUCAGACCAGGACCGAUUCAGAGACUUCCACAUGGACUGUACCACCUCAGACCAGGACCGACCCAGAGACUUCCACAUGGACUGUACCACUUCCGACCAGGACCGAUCCAGAGACUUCCACAUGGACUGUACCACCUCAGACCAGGACCAGGACCGACCCAGAGACUUCCACAUGGACUGUACCACUUCAGACCAGGACCGACCCAGAGACUUCCACAUGGACUGUACCACCUCAGACCAGGACCGACCCAGAGACUUCCACAUGGACUGUACCACUUCAGACCAGGACCGAUCCAGAGACUUCCACAUGGACUGUACCACCUCAGACCAGGACCAGGACCGACCCAGAGACUUCCACAUGGACUGUACCACUUCAGACCAGGACCGACCCAGAGACUUCCACAUGGACCCUUCCACCUCAGACCAGGACCAGGACCGACCCAGAGACUUCCACAUGGACUGUACCACUUCAGACCAGGACCGACCCAGAGACUUCCACAUGGACUGUACCACUUCAGACCAGGACAGACCCAGAGACUUCCACAUGGACUGUACCACCUCAGACCAGGACCAGGACCGAUCCAGAGACUUCCACAUGGACUGUACCACCUCAGACCAGGACCAGGACCGACCCAGAAACUUCCACAUGGACUGUACCACUUCAGACCAGGACCGACCCAGAGACUUCCACAUGGACUGUACCACCUCAGACCAGGACCAGGACCGACCCAGAGACUUCCACAUGGACUGCACCACUUCAGACCAGGACCGACCCAGAGACUUCCACAUGGACCGUUCCACCUCAGACCAGGACCGACCCAGAGACUUCCACAUGGACUGUACCACUUCAGACCAGGACCGACCCAGAGACUUCCACAUGGACUGUACCACCUCAGACCAGGACCGACCCAGAGACUUCCACAUGGACUGUACCACUUCAGACCAGGACCGACCCAGAGACUUCCACAUGGACCGUUCCACUUCAGACCAGGACCGACCCAGAGACUUCCACAUGGACUGUACCACCUCAGACCAGGACCGACCCAGAGACUUCCACAUGGACUGUACCACUUCAGACCAGGACCGACCCAGAGACUUCCACAUGGACCCUUCCACCUCAGACCAGGACCAGGACCGACCCAGAGACUUCCACAUGGACUGUACCACUUCAGACCAGGACCGACCCAGAGACUUCCACAUGGACUGUACCACUUCAGACCAGGACCGACCCAGAGACUUCCACAUGGACUGUACCACUUCAGACCAGGACCGACCCAGAGACUUCCACAUGGACUGUACCACUUCAGACCAGGACCGACCCAGAGACUUCCACAUGGACUGUACCACUUCAGACCAGGACCGACCCAGAGACUUCCACAUGGACUGUACCACUUCAGACCAGGACCGACCCAGAGACUUCCACAUGGACUGUACCACCUCAGACCAGGACCAGGACCGACCCAGAGACUUCCACAUGGACUGUACCACUUCAGACCAGGACCGACCCAGAGACUUCCACAUGGACUGUACCACUUCAGACCAGGACCGACCCAGAGACUUCCACAUGGACCAUAAAACAUUUGUCUCUGUGUGUUAA